GAUACGAGUGACUCUAUAGCUAUUACCUAUAGGUACAGGCGAUGCUCGAAAACACAUCAGGGCCAGCUUAAACAAUCCGUCUUACGUCUCGUCGUCCUCGUCACCUCGGCGCACCUGAUUAGACAUCAUCUAGACAGUUCCACCUGCUAGGGCUACUUUUUGCUUCGAGACACUUGCUGCAGUCCUCCAAAAGAUGGUCCGUCCUCAAACCUUCGCUUUGGCAGAUCAUGGCAAGGUUAUGUCGCUCUCUUUUGGCCGCAUAAGAGCCUAGCGGAUGGAUCGGCGAUGGGCCAGACAUGAGUCCAGGGAUGUAAAGUUGCCCAUCGACUCUCAGGUUAUGGAUGAGAACAUAGUGAGCGUCGUGCUCAAGGAAGAACCCGGAGAGAAAUUUGAAUCUAGCUACAUGGAGGACAUUUGCUUGGGGACCUUUGAUAAGGUCUUUCAGCCCAUCGACCAGCAAGAAGUGGAAUUCCCUGAUGACAUGGUAAAACUGGAGUUAGAUGGGGAUAAUAGCCACCAUCACUGGGCAGCUCAAUUAGCAAGUGCCACUUUAUCGGAAAAUGGAGACUACAGUGGGCAGGGGGACUACCACUUUCUCAAUUCCAGUGCGGCGCAAAAGUUUUAUAAAAUACAGUGCAUACUAUGCAAGAAAUGGUUUUUAAACAAUGAUUCCAUGGUCACCCACUUGAAAAUGCAUUGCACUGGCAAUACUUGCGAAGUAUGUCACCAAAGUUUCAUGGAUAGUGCUGGUCUACAUGCUCACAUGUUGACCCAUGUUGGUAUGAGUCCAGUUGAAUGUACAAUAUGUCAAAAGAGAUUUGCUUACAAGUGGUGCUUGCGAAAUCACAUGCAAACCCAUAUGCAAAACAAGCAGUUUGAAUACGACAGUUUACAGCAAGCCUUUCUUAAAAGAUAUGCUUCAGGAAAUGAUCAUAUGAUGCGUGAUGAAGAGAGACCCUACACUUGCGAAGUUUGUCAGGCAUCCUUCAGAGAAAAAGGAAAUUUGAAUCGUCAUAUGCUCAUCCAUACUGGAGAAAAACCUUACAGGUGUGAAAUAUGUUUUGCUUCUUUUCGUGAAAAAGCUAAACUUAACAUACACAUGCCAAUUCACACUGGUCAUAAGCAAUUCAAGUGUACUAUGUGUCACAGAUCUUUUGCUCAAAAAACUGCCUUAAACAAUCACAUGUUGGCACACAAUGGAGAAAAACCUCACGCCUGCAAUAUUUGUGAGAAAACGUACAAGAGAAAGUCAGAAUUGAUCAGGCAUGCAAUGAUUCAUACUGGAGAACGACCUUACGAAUGUCAAGAGUGUCUAAUGACUUUUAGGGAAAAAGCAAAGUUAAAUUCUCAUAUGCUAGUUCAUACGGGUGAGAAGCCACAUGAAUGUCAUAUAUGUCACAAAGCAUGUGCGCGAAAGUCAGAUUUGAAUAGCCAUAUGCUUUCUCACACUGGAGGUCAGUAUGAUUGUAAAGUUUGCGAUAAAAUCUUCACGCGAAAAUCAGACUUGAAUAGACAUAUUUUGGUUCAUACUGGUGAAAAGCCUUACGCUUGUGAUUACUGUGAAAUGGCUUUUCGAGAAAAGACAAGACUGAACUCGCAUAUGGUUGUUCACACAGGCGACAAGAGGCAUAUGUGUCACAUUUGUCACAAGAACUUUCGAGAAAAGUCGAUGCUGAGAAAGCACAUGCUGGGCCAUACUGGGGAUCGUCCGUUUGAAUGUUACGUCUGUCAGAAAGCAUUUACGCAAAAAUCAACCCUCAACAGUCACAUUCUUACACACGCGACUGAAGCGUCGUACGAAUGUACCAUAUGUAGAAAAGUCUAUAGAGAGAGAAUGGCUCUGAGGAAGCACCUCAUAUCCCACACUGCUGAUAAAAAUAACGAAUGUCCCAUUUGUUUGAAGAAAUUUACACAUAAAGCUGCGCUAAGUAGUCACAUAACGACGACUCAUUCCUUGUAACUAGAGCCCGGUUGCAGAAACAAGAAUCGCCGUGCAGCAAACCAAGACAUGCGAUCGUAUUUGGAGCAACAGCAACAGCAGCAUCAACAGCAACAUCAACAACAUGCACUAGGCUUCUGGGCUCUGUACAACAGUGCUUUUGAUCCACUAUUUCCCCGGUUAGCGCCGAUGUGAAUACUUCUGCCUAGAGCGGAUUGAUGUUGAAAAGGAGAGUGUGCGGGAAAUACUUGUUAAGCAUUGUGAGGCUGUUGGAUUUUUCGAUUGUUGCAUGUGUUGACUAUAAGAGGACGCAUUGCUUUAUGCAACCGGGAUAUAAGGGUCUAGUCUCACCUGAAGAUUUUUCCAUUUGAAAAUUGUUUCGUAUCUUCCGUCGAAUGUGUAUGUUUACGCCUGAUGCAUUAAAGUAUUCGUUCUGUUGAAAUUAUUUUCGUCCAGCACGAAAAUAUUUUUUUCUAUUGCAAGACGCACUGCGCGUGCAGAUAACUCUUGGAACAAGCAUAUUUAGCGAGAAAAGAGAGAAAGAGAGAGCGUUUGAGAAAUCUGCAAUCGUAAUCGUACGAUAUUAUGAUGUAAGUUGACAAAGAGAGAAAGUUGCAUUGAAUUUUGAGCUGAGGUAUUUUAUCAUGAAAAAGUAAUAAAAAAAAAAGUUAUUUACGAAAUGUUUAGACUAGUGACAAAAAUGUUUGAAAAGUAGAAUAAAAAUUAGUUGCAAAAGUGGGCAUCCAAUAGAACCGGAGAGUUUUUUCCAGGGAAAGAGGAUACGUUUCCGAAUAUGUACGCGACAUUCGAAUUCACGUGCAUGCAGCUUUUGUAUCUGUCGAGAUCGCUUUCCUUCGAAAAUAUUGUAGAUAUUGCAAUUCGAUUGUUCACUAAACUUAAAUUCCUACGAGACGAAGAAAAAAGUUUAUUAUUGAAAUUAACGAACUUUAAGAUGAAAUGUUCAGAUGCACACACUUAUAAAUUUCGGGCUAUAUAUAUAUAUAUAUAUAUAUAUAUAUAAAGAUUGUAUUUUAAUCUGAUGUAUAAGUAUAUGCGACGGCAACGGCAACGACGACUGUGAGUUUGCUCGAGUAAGCUAUGCUUCGAGCGAGGAGUGCAAUGGACAUGUUGUUUUAAAAUGAAAUCGUCAUUUUAUGUGAAACGUAUACAAUAUACAUACAUUUUUUUCUAAA